UGAUGUCAUACAGGCCAAAUAGAGGUGGACCUGGCCCAAGUUCUUCUAUCAAUAUGAAUGGAGGUUAUAAUAUUUUGGAACAACAAAAUGAUGAAAUGGUUGAAGAAUUGUCUAGUAAAGUGUCUCAACUUAAACGAGUUACUAUUGCUAUAGGAGAUGAUGUUCGAGAACAAAAUCGUUUGUUGAAUGAAAUGGAUACAAAAUUUGAAACAACAAAAGGACUUCUUGGCUCAACAAUGAAAAAAUUGGGGAUUGUUUCAAAAGCUGGAGGUAGAAAUGUUCUCUGCUACCUUGUCCUUUUCUGCUUUUUUGUAUUUCUUGUAAUCUAUUUUUUGAUGCGAUAG